CACUUACGUCAAAAUUUCAUAAUACAAAUUGCUAAACGACGCGUUAUUUUAUUAAAAUCUCAAGUUAUUAUAAUUUAUUCGAGAAACCAACACAUAUUAUUGCAAUAAUCCUUAAUUGCUUUUAUCUAUCAUCAAUUUUUUUUACAAUUUAUUCUGAGAAUGGCUAAGAUUUAAAAGUGAAUGCUUCAGUCACUUCAAUGAUGUAUUUCUUUAGCGCCUAUACAUGAUGAUUGUGGUAAAAGUUGGAGGAAGAUUAUAAAUUAAUCGUUGCCGUAUUUAGUUUCCUUCAAAAACAUUAAAGAUGGGUGAGAAAUCCGGCAAUAGUAAAGACAGUAAGCAAAAAGUUCGUCGAUGUAUGGAAUGGUUGCAACAACAGAAUAACGAAGACACCGAGAAGUUAUCGUUAGGAAAUAAGAACGAUAUACAGUUUAUUAUACAAACUCAUGCUGCGAGAAAGAACUUUUUGCUGGCAGUGGCUGAAGACGACGCUACAGUGCCUAGUGGCAUCAACGAACCGGUUUUAGAACCUAAACCUGUGACUCGUCACAAACUGCGUGUUUCAAACUUGCAAAUGGAAUGCGAAUGGCCAACAUGCAAAAAGACAUUUACAGACUACGAAGUAUACCAGAAACAUGUUAGGAAACAUGCUACAGACAUGCAUGUUAUAGAGAAAGAAUCAAGCGCUGAAUUAGUCUGCCUAUGGGAUGUUUGUGGCCAUAAGACAUCGGACUUCAACGAAAUGGUCCGUCACAUGAACUACCAUGCUUACCAUGGCAAGUUGUUGGCAAUCGGCUUCAAUGGCCGUGCUACCCUCAAGCUGGAGUGCUGUAAGAAAGAUUCCAGUAAACGAAAUCAGAUACCGGUGCAAGUUAGUGAUUAUACUUGUAUGUGGAUUAAGUGUGAUAUGAAAUUUACUGCGAUACAGACAUUUAUAGAUCAUGUAAAUCUUCAUGCGAAUUACUCAGAAGAGUACAUAUGUUCGUGGGCUGGUUGUGGAGCCAAGUUUCCUCGGAAGACUAUGCUCAUACCACAUGUACGGAGUCACACAGGGGAGCGACUGAUUGCUUGCUACCACUGCGGACAUCACUUUGCUAAUAAUAGAAAGCUUACUGAUCAUUUGCGGAGACAGAAUGUGACACAAAAUUCUAUCUUCAUUUGCGAGCUGUGUGGUACUAGAUGUGCUACGGAGUACUUACUAGCCGAGCAUACGAGGGGACAUAUAUCUAUAUAUGCGUGCAGUCUGUGCGACAUGUCGGCCACGUCUCCCGCUGCGCUCGCCAACCAUGUCCGCUACCGCCAUCUGUCGAGGAAGGAAGCUGCUACCCAUGCGUGCCCCCAUUGUCCUUAUAAAGCGAUAAGAAGAUGGGAUCUCCUACAACAUAUAAAAACACAACACAAGAAGAAAAAGAAAAAAGCGAGAUCAAAGAAGAUCAAGUCUGAAGUAACUUCUGACAAAGAAAUAUCUUCUGACAGAGAUGGAGAUUCUGAAUCAGAUUCGGACAGUAAGGAAAGGAAAGUGAGAAGAUCUGCGAGGAAAUAUGUAUGUCACAUGUGUUCGGAGAAAAAAAUGAAAAUAUUUACUACAGGGAAUGCGUUAACUAUGCAUUUGGUGAAGGAACACGGUGCACAGUGGUCCUUUGGACAUAGCAGAUUUAGAUACCAGCUAUGCGAGGAUGGACUGUACAGACUGACGACAACACGAUACGAAUCAUUGGAAGUAUCAAAAAAGAUCAUGGAUGGCUACACAAGUCCGAAGAAAAUAGUUCUAACCAACAUACAGUUUAAGUUAAAACAAGUAGCCAAUGCUACGGCUACUACACCAAGAAGUUUCGAGAUCACACUAAAGAAUGAUGAUAUUAAACAGGAUGAUGAUCACGGUGAUGAAAUGGAGGUUGAUACGAAACCUAUCCGUGAUGAUAAUGUGGAAAUAAUGAUGUGUGAUGUAGACGAAGAAGGUAACAUCAUCAGUAGUGAGCUGAUUAAUUCUGUUAUACCGAAGCUGGAAAAGGAGGUUUGAUGUUCUAAUUAUUUUUGUAUUACAACUCUAGUGAGACAUUAUGAAUUAAUUAGUUUAACGAUUUACUCGUUAUGUGACUCGACUAGUUUCAAGCCACGCUAGGGACUCAUACUUUAGAUGAUUGCAGGACAGUCGCAGCAUGUAACGCCUUUGGUGUUUCAAUUGUCCAUGGGCAGCGGCGAUUGCUUACCAUCAGGUGAUACGUCUGCUCGUUUACCGGUGGCGUGUUCCAUUAAAAAAGCAUCGUAUGUCGCACAAUGUUGCUCUUGAACAUGAGCCCCUAUUGUAGCUUGAAACUAGUCGAGUUACCUCGUCAAACAGUUAUGCGAAAUUACCUUUAAACAUAAUAUGUUGUAAAUAUUGUUAGAAACAGUAUUUGCCUUUUCACAUUUUGUAUGAGAUGUGUAUUGUGAGAAUAGUUGAUAAUUGUAACGAUACGCUUAUGAUAAUAAGUAUAAUUAUGACGUUGUAUAUCAAAGGGAUUUGAGUAGUACAGGGCCGGACUCUGGAUAGACAGGCCCCAAGUGGCAACGGCCUAGGGGCCCCGAGGUUAAGUAGAAAGUUGUGUCACGUUAAUUUCAUCAGUCAGGCCUCUAGCCAGGCUAAAUUACAGGCAGAGUCUUGAGUUUCUUAAUUACAUUUAUUUAUUCUUAAUGAAUGAGGAUAUCUUGGGGAUCGGUUAGUUAGGGGUGCUCAACCUCUUUUAAACAACGCAUUUGUUAGAUCAUGCUGUCUAUAAUCGGGAAUGAAUUAAAAGUGACAAAAAGAAUAUUAUCAUUAAUAACCCGUACCCUGCUGGAUUAAAGGGAUUGGGUAUUUGAAGAUCAGAAACGGGGAAGUCAAUAACUCCUAUAUUCUCACUAAACCGCAAGCCAUCUUUUCUUAAGUAUGUAAUGAAACCCUAUUAGAGUAACUUAUAAUAUUUGAUUACAAAUGCUAUAUAUUAACACCAUCAUAAUCAUAUGCAUCACGCCAUGUUUGUAUAUAUAAGAAGAUUUGUAUAUUUUAAUGAUAGAUUAAGUGUAUCUUUUUUUAUUAUACUUUGUUGUAGGUGCAUUAGUACUUAUUCAAGUGAUGUUAAUCUAUAGAUACUUUUUGACCAUUUAACCUCACAAGGUGUGACUAUUUACUGAUAAUGUGAUUAUUAAUGUUAACGUUGAAUGUCUUAUAAAAAUGAUUUGUCAGAACAAUUUUAUGUAAAGUGAUAUUCAAAUAAAACUAUAUUUUU